AUAGGUGAUGGGUGAACGAACCUUAGAUUAUUUACAAAUAAUCUAAGGAACGAACAGACAACAAAGUAAUCUUUCAUUUUGUGUCAAUUUUACUUUUUAUUAGAAGGGUAAAUUGAAAAUUUAUUCUGUGCGUUGUUGUGCUAUAUGUACUGGACCUUUUCGAAUUGUGCGGAAUUUUUGUUCGUGAUUUUAAAUAAUUGUUUGUUAUCCCCAAUAGAAAUGGCAGGUGCUAACGAUCGUCAUCAGUUUCCGAACAAUGAAACCAGCAGCGAUACAGAAGAUUACGCAGAUGAUCGAAGGAGAAGAGUUUUCAAAAACCGAAUGAGUUAUGGAUCAUGUUCGAAGCCGAAACCAUGUCUCGUGCAACGGUCUGCUUCGCUUACGGACCCACGCUGCCUGACUUUGUCAUCCGCACCUAAGCAAUGCCAUAAUGCUUCUCGCAAUAGGAGUCGCGGCUCCCUUACAUCUCCCGGAGCCUCCAAGACGUCGUCCAGCGUCCAGAACGCCGCCGGUGCAGCAGCCGCCGCCCCCAGCGAGGAGAGGGUCACCCUGGUCGUCGACAGCACCAGGUUCGUCAUUGAUCCCUCGCUGUUCGUCGCCCACCCGAACACGAUGCUGGGUAGGAUGUUCAGUUCCGGUUUGGAGUACACUCACCCGAACGAGAGGGGCGAAUUCGAGGUGGCCGACGGCAUAUCGGCCACCAUCUUCAGGGCCAUAUUGGACUUCUACAAGAGCGGCGUCAUCAAAUGCCCGCCGUCGGUUUCCGUGCAGGAACUGAGAGAAGCUUGCGAUUACCUUCUAGUGCCUUUCGAUGCUAACACUGUACGAUGCCAAAAUUUACGUGGACUCCUUCAUGAACUUUCCAAUGAGGGUGCACGUAGUCAGUUUGAAGAAUUUCUAGAGCUGCUGAUUCUUCCUCUGAUGGUCAACUCUGCACAAAAAGGAGAUAGAGAAUGCCAUGUAGUGGUUCUACUGGACGAUGAUACUGUAGACUGGGACGAAAAAUAUCCACCCCAAAUGGGCGAGGAAUAUAGUCAGACUGUAAAUAGCACUGCCAUGUAUAGGUUCUUCAAAUAUAUAGAAAAUAGGGAUGUCGCCAAACAAGUACUCAAAGAUAGGGGAUUGAAAAAAAUUAGAUUAGGAAUUGAAGGUUAUCCCACAUACAAGGAGAAAGUUAAAAGAAGACCUGGAGGCAGAUCAGAAGUUAUAUAUAAUUAUGUACAACGCCCUUUCAUCCACAUGUCUUGGGAGAAGGAAGAAGCAAAAAGUCGUCACGUGGACUUCCAAUGCGUCAAAUCUAAGAGCGUGACUAAUUUGGCCGAAGCUGCAGCUGAUCCGGCUUUCGAUCUCGAUGCAGGUGGUAACCCGAUAAUAGCACCGAUUCCUCCAGAUCCCGCUUCCUACAUGCUACAGGGUGAUCCCGAAGAGGGCGAAUUAGCUAAUGUUCAGAACGAACCCAACUGAACCAUAUAACUGAGAUCUUUGGAUUUCUGACUCAUGAUAAUUGAGCGAACAACAAAAUUUGAGCUUUUUCUGUUGAUGCCAUUCAAGUCUAAUAAACAACUUGACAAACAUUCAAAUAUCUCAAACUUGUUAUCAUCAUCUAGAAAGUUCAAAAUGUGCGUGUAGGAAAAUUGAAUAUCUUAUUUCACUUCUUUGAUGUCAUCGAAUGAAUUGAAGUUGUGUUUUCUCUUUUAAUCCUUGUUUGUUGGAUUAAAAUUGUAGAUGAGUUUUAUCGAAGAAGAUUCUAAUUCAGUGAUUGAUUUUAUUUCCAGAUUCAAGAGUCCUCAUUUUGCUUUUAUAAUAUAGCUUAUUUUUAUAUAAAUAUUUCUUAUUUAUUGUAAACGUUUAUUUCCUCAUCCAAAUGAAGGAUAAGAAUAGAUAGAUCAAGACUGAGAUAUUUCUAAAACAUUUUCAAAUCAAAAUUUUAUUAUUGCAACGAUGCUCUUCAACGUAAACGGCAAUCGUCACGUAAGGAAAAAACGUUAUGGCCUCUUUGGGCACCGCCUCUAAGUAUGCGAUUAUCAAGAUUCAAGCAACAAGUAUUGUGCGCAGCUAGUUUUAUUAAAGUACGUCCAUAGUGCACAGCCUCUCGCUUUAUGGUUGGAAAUCUGCGUGAUUGUGGCCAGUGGUUUUAAUACACCACUGCUGAUUUGAUCUAGCUACACAGAAGAACACAGCAACUACUGUGCAGGUAAUAAAACAUUCAAUGGAAAAUUCUCCUAUGUUUGAGUUUUUACUGCAAAGGCAAAUUUAGGCUUAAUUAUUAUGGGUUUCAACUUACAAUACCUGA